GUUUGUGAUGAGGCUGUAGUAAUUCAGUCCUAGUAGCGGAGCACAAGGAGGACAAGAGACAGAAAGAAGAAAUGGAGCUGCGUGUGUAACAAAGUGGAGUUUUCCUGUCAGCGCAAUGACUUCAUGUACUUUGGGACUUAUUCCGUGUCACAGGAAGGCGUUAUGAAUCUUUUUCCUCUGUGACAUUAAUUUGAGAACGGGAGAGAACGGGACUGACUGACUGACCGGGCGCUGCUUGCCGCUCACAGCCGCCUCUCCUCUCAUCACCUGCGGCUUGCCUUUCACGGACUCUCCGUGGGUUUACACGCAGACUUUUGGAGGGGUUGAAAAAGUUGCUGUGUUUCAUGUUUGAACUUCAGAUGUAAUUCUGCAGCGGCUGAGAUGCUGCCUGUGGAGUUUGAUGCUGUUUUCAUCCCAUAGACUGGACACCAGUUUGGAUCUAUCACUGCUGCUGGACAGCCUGUCUCACAAACUGCUCUUCCUGAAGACUGUGACCAACCUUAUCUACCUAUGAAACGUAUGAGUGUAUAAUGGAGUACCGCCAGACUUUGGUUGCGCUACUGGUUUUAUUUGCACUCAGAACUUUGGCAUAUGGAUCCCGACCCAGGUUAGAGGAUGCGCCUCCCCGGAUCGUAGAACACCCGUCUGAUCUGAUCGUGUCCAAGGGUGAGCCAGCCACUCUCAACUGUAAGGCAGAAGGUCGACCGACUCCGAUGGUGGAAUGGUACAAAGAUGGGGAGCGUGUGGAGACAGAUCGAGAGGACCCUCGAUCCCACCGUAUGCUCUUACCCAGUGGCUCCCUCUUUUUCCUGCGAAUUGUACACGGGAGGCGGAGCAAACCUGACGAAGGCAUCUAUGUGUGCGUGGCACGCAACUACCUGGGCGAGGCAGUCAGUCGUAAUGCUUCGCUGGAGGUGGCAAUUCUGAGAGACGACUUCCGUCAGACGCCCAGUGAUGUGGUGGUAGCAGCAGGCGAGCCGGCUGUUAUGGAGUGCAUCCCCCCCAGAGGCCAUCCUGAGCCCACCAUCUCUUGGAAGAGAAACAACAUCCGGGUCAAUGACCGAGAUGAGAGGAUCACUAUCCGAGGAGGCAAGUUGAUGAUUUCCAACACCAGGAAAAGUGAUGCUGGCAUGUAUGUGUGUGUUGGAACCAACAUGGUUGGAGAGAAAGACAGUGAUCCUGCUGAACUGGUGGUGUUUGAGAGGCCAGUGUUCACCAAACAGCCGGUGAACCAGGUGGUGUUGGCAGAAGAUACAGUGGACUUCUUCUGCGAGGUGCACGGAGACCCAACUCCGACUGUCCGCUGGCGGAGAGAGGAGGGAGAGUUGCCCCGGGGCAGAUUUGAGAUCCGCAGCGACAACAGUCUACGUCUGACCCAGGUUCGAGGUGAGGACGAGGGCACUUACACCUGCGUGUCAGAGAACAGCGUGGGCAAAGCCGAAGCAUCGGGCACCCUGCAAGUGCACGUCGGCCCAUCCAUGCCCCCUCAGAUAGUAGUUCGGCCACGGGACCAGAUCACAGCUCCGGGUCGCACCGUCACCUUCCUCUGUGGCACCAAAGGAAAUCCUCCGCCAGCUGUCUUUUGGCAAAAAGAAGGCAGUCAGAUCUUGCUGUUCCCAAUCCAGGAGCCAUCACAGUCAGGUCGUUUCUCUGUGUCACUGAGUGGUGAGCUGACCAUCGCCAAUGUCCAAGUCGAAGACUCUGGCUAUUACAUUUGCCAGGCUAUCAGUGUGGCCGGCAGCAUCCUCACUAAAGCCCUGCUGGAGGUGGAAAGUGCACCUUCGGACCGCGUCCCACCCAUCAUCCGCCAGGGACCAGCCAAUUCCACUUUAGCUCCUGGUUCCACCACUCAGUUGCACUGCCACAUCAUGGGCAACCCCAUCCCCAGCAUCCAAUGGGAGAAAGACGGACAGAGGAUCCUGGGAAACGAUGGUCGAAUCAGCUUGAUGGAAAAUGGCACCUUCCAAAUCACCAACCUCCAGGAAACGGACUCUGGGGUUUACACCUGCCUGGCUUCCAGCUCCAGUGGAGAGACGAGUUGGAGUGGAGUGCUCACAGUCAAAGAGAGUGCAGACCCAUCAGUAGCUCAGGCCACUGAGCCCUUCCAGUUACCAGGUCCACCACACAAACCCAUAGUCACAGACGUGUCCAAGAACAGCGUCUCUCUGACCUGGCAGCCCAACGCCCAUGAGGGAGGAGCCGCCGUCACCUCCUACAUCAUUGAAGCCUUCAGCCAAUCAGCAGGCAGCACAUGGCAGACUGUAGCCGACAUGGUCAGGAUGGAAACACACACAAUUACCGGCCUUCUCCCCAACACCAUCUACCUGUUCAUCGUCCGAGCUGUCAACGCCUAUGGCCUGAGCGACCCCAGCCCCAUCUCUGAGCCUGUCAGAACGCAAGAUGUGAGUCCUACGGGUCAGGGAGUGGACCACAGGCAAGUGCAGAGAGAGCUGGGAGAGGUGGCCGUCCAGCUGCAAGAGCCUGUCACGCUAACAACAGCUUCCAUCCGAGUGUCCUGGACUGUUGACCGUCAGUCUCAGUACGUCCAGGGCUACCGUCUCUUCUACCGACCCAGUGGGGGAAAUUGGCUCCUCCAGGACAUCAACUCCCCCUCCGAACGCAGCACUGUACUCACCAGCCUGCUCAAAGGAACCGAGUACGAGAUAAAGAUCCGUCCCUAUUUCGAUGAAUUCCAGGGCAAGGACAGCCGAACGUUACUGGUUCGAACCCCAGAAGAGGUCCCCAGCGCCCCACCCAGAGCGGUUACAGUGGUAACAGUGAAGCUAAGCAACAGCUCCAGCAUCAGCGUCUCCUGGGAGCCUCCACCCAGCGAGAUGCAGAACGGCAUCAUCCAGGAGUACAGGAUUUGGUGUGUGGGCAGCGGCAGCGACAACCAGACACGCUACUACAUCAACAGGACAGUGGAUGGAAACACCUUGUCUACAGCACUGAAAGGUCUGAUGCCUGGCGUGCUUUACCAGGUGGAGGUGGCGGCGGUGACCAGCGCUGGCGUGGGCGCCCGCAGUCAGCCAGUGUCUGUCCUCAUCAAGCUGCCUGCUGAACAGCCCUCCGUGCCAGGCAGUGGAGGCGGCAGUGGCCCCAGCGACAGCGGUGAGGAGAGCAGCGUGAGUCUGGCUGAGCAGAUCACCGAUGUGGUCAAGCAGCCAGCGUUCAUCGCGGGCAUCGGCGGAGCCUGCUGGGUCAUCCUCAUGGGCUUCAGCGUCUGGAUCUACUGCCGACGCAAGAAGAGGAAGGAGCUGAGCCACUACACUGCCUCCUUCGCCUACACCCCAGCAGUUGGUUUCCCUCAUGGCGAGGGAACAGGGAUCAAUGGAAGGCAGUUGUUGCUGUUGCACUGUGUCCCACCAUGUCCUAAAUUAAUGCCAGAAUGUCUCUGUAGACCCGGCGUGCUGGGAGGCAACAUGGGCAACUAUCCAUGGCUGGCAGACUCUUGGCCCACUACCAACUUGGUCCACAGUGGUAAAGAGGCAGUUAACUGCUGCACCACCAAUCACGACACAGCUGAGAGAUAUUACAAUGAAGCUGGUAUCUCCAACUACCUGAAUCAGACAGAGAAGUACAGCAUGGGUGGCUCCACUGAAGGUCCCAUCUACAGCACCAUUGAUGCCACCAGUGAAGACCUGCACAGCUUUACCUACGCCCAGCACAACUCUACAGCUCCCUAUGCCUCCACCUCCAUCAUGCCUUUUACCAACCAGACGCAGGCGCCGGCCCACAGUGGCGAGCAGCAGGAUGAUGGACACUGGAUCACCCAGCCAGGGCCCUCUGGAGCUCAGUACGCCCAGCCAGACCGCUGCAACGGUAAGCCCAAGCAGAAGGCCAUGGGUAAAGCUGUCAAGACCCCGUCUCUUACCUGGAUGGAGGCGUUGCCACCACCUCCCCCAAUUGGAGAGCUUGAACAGUGUGAGACGGACGAGCAGCCCCCAGAGCACGAGGACAUGGACAUAGGCUCGGAUGAGGAGUGGUGUCCUCCUCUCCCGGAGAGGACCUACCUGAUGGAGGGCUGUGAAGGUGGACCCUCUCCCCCGCAGAGAAACAACGCUUCCUCUCCAGCCACCUCCUACAGUCACCAGUCGACAGCUACGCUCACCCCGUCGCCUCACGAGGAGACCCGAGCACCCCAUGACCUCCCCCGCCUCAACCAAGCAGACGGCCAGCAGCUGUCACGCAGAAGGUUACCCUGCGGUCCAGUGCCAGUUCCCCAGGCGCCAAGCCCGCUGCUCACCCAGUCCAACCCCAACCUCUCUGGCCAACAGCAUCACGGCUCAUCAGAGGUUGGCACGCUGCAGUGCCAAAGUCCUGCCCAUCGCUGCCUCCACAGCCAGGGGCCAGCUCUGAAUGAAGACAGCGGCAGUGCGACUACACCCGUGCACAGUCGCUCAUCCCCAGCAGAUACAUGCACUCCUCCCAACCAAAAAUCACGAGUGAAGAAAAAGGUCUCUAAGAGUUCAGCUUACAGAAGAGAUGUACAAGGAGACCUGCCCCCACCUCCAGAGCCGCCCCCAGGAGAGGACAGGUUGCAGGGGCCCCAGGAGUGCAUGGAGGCCAGCAAUGUGGUGAACAGCGCUCUGUCCUCCCUGGAGAGGACUGAAUACAGCAGCAGCAGCCACCAACGGAAAGGCUCGGGACAAAGACACAUUGACAAUGAGGAGAUGAUGCCAUACAGCAGUAAGGCCAGUUACCUCUCCAGGAGUCAGAUGUCCAGUAACUGUUCGACCACAGGAAGCUCCUCGUCCAGAGGCUCCACAGGCUCCCGAGGGCUCAACUCGGCCAGGAAACACAACGAGGAAAUGAGAUAAGAACACCAGUGACUGUCAGUGUACCUUCGAUGCCUCCAUCAACCACCAUCUUUCCACCAUGGACACACUGAGCCGGACAAGAGAAAAAGUUUUGUGUUUCAGGACAUUUGACUCUGUGUCAUUGCUGUGAAAGAAAGCAACAACGGACUUUACAUCAUGUUUUUUGGUAUUACUAUGAUUAUUUAUGAGCAAUCGAGUUCAUUCCUCUCCCUUGAUUUGUAAAUACCUGUGUCUGUACUGUUCUUUUGUGGGCUCUGGAUACAGGGAAAGAGACGUAUAUUGUAUUUAUGAGGAUUAAAAAAAAAAAAAAAACAAUGUAAAAAAAGUCUGUUAUUAUAAAAAAGCUCAUGUCUUCUUGAAUGUGCCAACCUUUUUGUCAAAAUGUAUACUUUUUGGAAAAAGCAUUAACUACUGUUGCACUCUCUUGUUGUGAUGGCAAAACAACAGAAAAUAUGAAGCACAAAGUGUGUUUGCUGGUCGAGAGGGGCGGUCAGAAAAGCCAAAAUGAGUGGGUUCUCGCUCCCGGAAGGACGCCCCAGCCUGAGCGCUUUCCCACCGGGAUCCCUGCACCCAUCUAGUCCGCUAAGAAUGUCAUACUUUUCUAUGUUUCCUUUGGUUUCUCUGCAGCAAAACGUUGUGCCAGCAGACAGACAGGCUUUAUAAAAGUUUGAUUGUAACCCCCCCCGCUCUUCCCUCGUCCCCUCCACUCAUCGUCUGAGGGACUGUUUGCUGCAGUUGUGAGAUAAAAUUUGCAUAUACUCCUUCCAAAACAAACAAAAAAAUGUCUGUGGACUGACUUUUUGUACUCUUGUUGUUUUGUAAAUGUACAAUAAAAUACAUUUGCU